AUGCCGGCAACAGCAGGAAGAGUUCGCAUGCCGGCGAACAACAGGGUGCACAGUAGUGCGGCCCUGCAGACUCACGGUAUAUGGCAGAGUGCAAUUGGGUACGACCCUUAUGCACCUAAUAAGGAUGACUCCAAAAAUCAUCUCAGGAGGUUUCCUCCAAUGCUGAGCCUGAAGGGUCUCCUGGCGCUUGCCCGUAUUACUUCAUCCAAUGCUGAUGAGGUUCGUGGUGCUUGUAAGAGAUGUGGUCGUGUUGGCCACCUUGCUUUUCAAUGUAGGAAUUUUGUGAGUGUUAAGGAUGGUGAUAAAGAGAAGGAUGCGGAAGCAGUUCAGGCUGCAGUUUUGUCUGGGUUGGAGAAGAUAAAAAGGAAUGGGAAACGUGCAGCUGAGAGUGAUGAGAGUGAGGAUGAUGAAGAAGAGAGUGAGACUUCAGAUUCUGAGGUGGAUUCGGAGAUUGAGCGGAUUAUUGCUGAAAGGUAUGGUAAGAAGAAGAGUAGUAAGGGGAAGUCAUCGAGGAAGGAGGAGGGUUCUGAUGAGGAUGAGUCAGAUUCUGAUCCUAGGGGGAGGAAGAAGAGAGGAAGGUCAAAGAAAAGGAGUAAGAAGAGGGUGAGUAGUGAUUCAGAGGAUGAGGAUGAGGGUAGGAGGAAGAAGAGAAAGGAGAAAAGGAGGAAGAGGGAUGAAUCAUCUGAUGAAGAGGAUGAACGGCAACACCGUAAGAGGAAGAGUAGGAAGGAAAAGAGGAGAAGGAGAAGUCAUCGGCAUUCUGAUGAUUCUGAUUCAGAUGGGUCUGAGGAUUCUGGUCGAAGGCACAAGCGGAAGAGCAGGAAGGCAUCAUCUUUACCUGAUCCCGAUGCCUCUGGCUCUGAUGACCCACGGGUUGGAAGAGAUACAAAGCAUUCUAAGAAGAAGAUCAGGAAACGCCGUCAUGAAGACGAUGAAUGA